UCGCCUCGCCGCUGAUUUACAUGAGAACCAAUAACACAGGAGUAGCAAACGCGCUGAAUGCGUUUCUGUUCCAGUACAAGCGAAGACGCACGUUUUUCUGACAGCAGAGGAUUUGCGUGUCUUUUUUAAACGGACUGGUGAAAGUGUAGUGACAGCGCUGAAAAAAGAAGACGGUGGAUUCUCCUCUCAGCCAUCUUGACUGCUGCUGCUCGCCGCACUGAAGGCUCGUCUUCUCCUGCUACAUUCAAAGUAAACACAGCCGUGCCGGCCACUCGCAACUCCAUGCAAGCUCCACGGAGACGCGAGAUGGGCUCGCCGCGUGAAAUCUGACCGGGCUGAAGGCGGGCGGUGGAGGAUUUACGGCAGCAUUUGGAUCAGACAAGGCAAAGGGAGCCGAGGCGCGCAACGGCUUGGAGAGAUGGAGCCCGACCUGUUUGGGAUUUACCUGCUCCUCUCUCUCGCCCUCCUGCCCAGAUCCAGCGGCACCACCGCUAAGGAGAUCACCUGCCAGGAAAUAGCCGUGCCCCUAUGUAAAGGUAUCGGCUACAAUUACACCUACAUGCCCAACCAAUUCAACCACGACACGCAGGACGAAGCGGGACUGGAAGUCCAUCAGUUCUGGCCUCUGGUGGAGAUCCAGUGCUCGCCCGAUCUCAAGUUCUUCCUGUGCAGCAUGUACACGCCGAUCUGUCUGGAGGACUACAAAAAGCCGCUGCCGCCAUGCAGGAGCGUGUGUGAGAGAGCCCGUGCCGGCUGCGCGCCCCUCAUGAGACAGUAUGGCUUCCCAUGGCCGGACCGCAUGAAAUGUGAUCUGCUGCCGGUGCUGGGCAACCCCGACACGCUUUGCAUGGACUAUAAUAGAACAGACUCGACCACCGUGUCACCCGUCCUCCCCAAGCCCACCAACCAUCCCGCGAAGGGCUUCAACCCACCCAAAAUGAAGCCAGGUAGACCGAGCCCACCUCGGAAGUACAAGCCGGCCGCGGGCGCCUGCGAGGCGGGUUGCAAAUGCUUGGAGCCAAUGGUGCCGGUCAACACGGAGCGCCACCCGCUGUACAACCGCGUGAAAACUGGACAGAUUACCAACUGUGCCAUGCCUUGCCACAGUCCCUAUUUUACCCACGACGAGAGGGCUUUCACAGCCUUCUGGAUCGGGCUGUGGUCCGUGCUGUGCUUCGUGUCAACUUCUGCCACGGUCGCCACCUUCCUCAUAGACAUGGAGCGCUUCAAGUAUCCGGAGAGGCCCAUCAUCUUCCUCUCCGCCUGCUACAUGUUUGUGUCCGUCGGCUACAUCGUCAGGCUCAUCGCCGGGCACGAGAAGGUGGCCUGCAGCAGGGACUUGGACGUGGAGCACAUCCAUUACGAGACCACGGGACCCGCACUGUGCACGGUGGUCUUCCUCCUUAUUUACUUCUUCGGCAUGGCCAGCUCCAUCUGGUGGGUCAUCUUGUCGCUGACUUGGUUCCUGGCAGCUGGGAUGAAGUGGGGCAACGAAGCCAUCGCCAGUUAUUCCCAGUACUUCCAUUUGGCAGCGUGGCUCAUCCCCAGCAUGAAGUCAAUAGCGGUCCUGGCUCUGAGUUCUGUGGACGGGGACUCGGUGGCCGGGAUCUGCUACGUGGGCAACCAGAACCUUGACAACCUGCGUGGCUUUGUCCUAGCCCCUCUGGUGAUUUAUUUAUUCAUUGGUACCAUGUUCCUUUUGGCUGGAUUUGUGUCCUUGUUCAGGAUCCGCAAUGUCAUUAAGCAAGGUGGCACCAAGACUGACAAACUGGAAAGGCUCAUGAUCAGAAUCGGGGUCUUCACGGUGCUGUACACGGUUCCGGCCACCAUCAUAGUGGCGUGUUACUUCUACGAGCAGCACAAUAGGCAGAACUGGGAAGUAACCCACAACUGCUCCAACUGUUUACACGAGAAGGACCGCAGCCGGCCGGACUACGCCGUCUUCAUGUUAAAGUACUUCAUGUGCCUUCUGGUGGGCAUCACGUCCGGAGUGUGGAUCUGGUCGGGCAAGACUUUGGACUCUUGGAGGACUUUCUGCACCAGGUGCUGUUGGGGUAGCAAGGCCACCAGCGGCUCCAUGUACAGCGACGUGAGCACGGGCCUGACGUGGAGGUCAGGCACGGCCAGCUCCGUGUCUUGCCCCAAGCAGAUGCCAUUGUCGCAGGUUUGAAUAAAACGAAAACAAAAGCGGCUUAUGGAGGACUGCUAAUUGUUUGGGAGAUAACCCAUCACACCCUGUCUUAAGCAAUUUGCAUUGUAAUGAACUGCUGCUGAGGUGCUGCCCUCUUUCCUCCCCAAACUGCGGGGAGAACGUUGAGACAAUGUCCAGGCAUUCACACAGGUUUAAUUCCUCCAUUCUUCCCUGUUGAUAGGAAUUAGAGGCUCAUCUCCAAUUUCGGGGGCAUUACUUCUUGUAGCCAGUUCUUAACAAACUUCGUACAAAGCGUCUUUUAUUAAAACCUUUUUUCUACCUAUCUCGUGCCAGAUAAUGUCGAAAUGUCAAUCAUGUCAAAUAUGGUUUAAAUUAAGCCUUAAUAGUGCCCCGGGUGUUUUUUGUUUUGUUUUUUGAACGGGUCAUACAU